AUGCCACCAAAGAAGCAGGUAGAAGAGAAAAAGGUCCUUCUAGGCCGUCCAGGUAACAACUUGAAGGCUGGUAUCGUCGGUCUUGCCAACGUCGGUAAGUCGACCUUCUUCCAGGCCAUUACCAGAUGUCCGCUCGGAAACCCCGCCAACUACCCAUUUGCUACAAUUGACCCUGAAGAGGCUCGUGUCAUUGUGCCUUCUCCAAGAUUUGACGCGCUGUGUGACAUCUACAAGCCAGCGUCCAAGGUUCCAGCGCAUCUGACAGUUUACGAUAUCGCCGGUUUGACCAAGGGUGCCUCCGCCGGUGAGGGUCUCGGAAAUGCGUUUUUGUCGCACAUCAGAGCGGUGGACUCCAUCUACCAGGUCGUGCGUUGCUUUGACGACGCCGAGAUUAUCCACAUCGAGGGUGACGUCGACCCAGUACGUGACUUGGACAUCAUCAGCACCGAGCUAAGACUCAAAGAUAUUGAGUUUGCUGAAAAGCACUUGGAGAACGUUCACAAGAUUACCAAGAGAGGAGGUCAGUCCUUGGAAGUCAAGCAGAAGAAGGAGGAAGCUAUUUUGGUCGAGAAGAUCAUCGAGCUGCUAAAAUCUGGCCAGAGAGUUGCUAACCAGAACUGGACCACAAAGGAAGUCGAGGUGAUCAACUCCAUGUUCUUGCUGACCGCUAAGCCUUCCAUCUACUUGAUCAACUUGUCUGAGAGAGACUUCAUCAGAAAGAAGAACAAGCACCUGAUGAGAAUCAAAGAAUGGAUUGACAAGUACUCUACUGGUGACUUGGUCAUCCCAUUCUCCGUGUGCCUGGAAGAAAGACUAUCCCACAUGUCUCCUGAGGAGGCUGAGGAGGAGUUGAAGAACUUGAAGGUCGAGUCAGCUCUGCCAAAGAUCGUCACCACCAUGAGACAAAAGUUGGACUUGAUUUCCUUUUUCACUUCUGGUGCCGACGAGGUCCGCGAAUGGACUAUUAGAAGAGGCACAAAGGCUCCACAAGCAGCUGGUGUCAUCCAUAAUGAUCUGAUGAACACCUUUAUCCUUGCUCAAGUGAUGAAGUACGAAGACGUCGUUGAGUACAAGGAUGAAGUCGCUAUCAAGGCUGCCGGUAAGAUGCAACAGAAGGGUAAGGAAUACGUCGUUGAAGAUGGCGAUGUCAUCUACUUCAGAGCCGGUGCAGGCAAGAACUGA